UCCUUCAUAUCCAGACUUACUGUGUUCACUCCUGCUUGCAGGUGUGUGUGUGUGUGUCAUGUGUGUCGUCUUGUCCUUUGUCCAGUGCAGAAUGUUCAUCAUGGACCGAGGCCGAGCUGCAGAGACAUGAUGAUAAAGAGCCAGCAAAAAACCAUGAGUCCAAAAUAUUUUCCUUAAUGGAAACUCAGUAAAAACUCUGACAAAUAAUACCAGAAGUCAUUAAACAACGUUCUGUCUCCAUAAACUCAACCUUCAUUAGUGAAAUACACACCUGCUGAAACCAAACUGACCAGAACCAGAACCCUCGCCGCCUGUUUCUUCAGUCUUCCUCCAACAGCGUGUCACCUUUUUUUCUUCACCUCUUCAGAAUCCCAACACUUUGUUUCUGAUCCCUGGUGCCUUCACAUGCAAAAAUCAGAGGGAUUACCCCCGGCCUUCUGUCUGUUCCCGUGCAUUAAGCACCGUGUGGAGAGUGUUAUAAUGCAGUUAAAUACAUCAGGAAGCUGUGAUUACAUCUGAGCAGAGCCUCUGUUUUAGCCCAUGAUUAAAAAAACACACAUUUGUCGACAUUAUUCUGCUUCACCUGCAGAUUCAUCAACAGUGAACAUGAACUUCAGGAGGAAAGCAAAGCAGUCAUUCCAAAUAUUCAAAUUGUGUACACAAAGACAGCUACUGUACACAGGUUUGUUUGUUUUUUAAUAAUAAACUUUUUUAUGUCAAGCUUUUUGUAGGAACUACAGAAUUCUGCAGCAGCUCAAACAAUUUUUAAAAGCAAAAUAAUUUUCACUGAUUUAACAAGAGUUUAAAACAGCUUUAAGUCCGUUAAGCCCCACUUCCUCACAAUCUCCUUGUAAUCUGAUUUUGCUAAUUUGAGGAUAACCUCCGGGGGCAGUAUAAAUACAACACCCUCCAGAACCGACUGUGCAGGGUUUUCUUACCGCCACCACUGACAGCUGGUUGACCUCGCACUUUGGUGACAGCUUUGAAAGGGAAAAAGAAGGCAAAUAACGAUGGGCUGGGACGGAGGAUUUGAGCCCAAUGGCACCGAGGGCAAGAACUUUUACAUCCCCAUGUCCAACAGGACCGGGAUCGUCAGGAGCCCCUUCGAAUACCCCCAGUAUUAUUUGGCAGAUCCUAUUUUCUACAAGUUGUUGGCUUUCUACAUGUUCUUCCUCAUCUGCACCGGAACACCCAUCAACGGACUGACGUUGUUCGUCACGGCUCAGAACAAGAAACUCAGGCAACCUCUCAACUACAUCCUGGUCAACCUGGCCGUGGCCGGACUCAUCAUGUGCGCCUUCGGAUUCACCAUCACCAUCACCUCCGCCUUCAACGGCUACUUCGUUCUCGGAGCCACUGCCUGUGCCGUAGAGGGCUUCAUGGCCACACUGGGAGGUGAGGUUGCUCUGUGGUCUCUGGUGGUCCUGGCUGUCGAGAGGUACAUUGUCGUCUGCAAACCUAUGGGAAGCUUCAAGUUCACUGGAACCCACGCAGGAGCUGGAGUCGUUUUCACCUGGAUCAUGGCCAUGGCUUGUGCCGCGCCCCCACUGUUUGGCUGGUCCAGAUAUCUCCCUGAAGGCAUGCAGUGCUCCUGUGGACCUGACUACUACACUCUGGCUCCAGGCUUCAACAACGAAUCAUACGUCAUCUACAUGUUUGUCGUCCACUUCUUCCUGCCCGUCUUCAUCAUCUUCUUCACUUACGGAAGCCUCGUGAUGACAGUCAAAGCUGCUGCAGCCCAGCAGCAGGAGUCGGCCUCCACCCAGAAGGCUGAGAAGGAAGUGACACGCAUGUGUGUCCUGAUGGUGUUCGGCUUCCUGAUCGCCUGGACUCCAUAUGCCACCUUCGCUGGCUGGAUCUUCAUGAACAAAGGUGCCGCCUUCGGGGCACUGACUGCAGCCAUCCCGGCCUUCUUUGCCAAGAGCUCAGCCUUGUACAACCCAGUGAUCUACGUGCUGAUGAACAAACAGUUCCGUAAUUGUAUGCUAACCACAAUUGGAAUGGGCGGCAUGGUAGAGGAUGAGACUUCAGUUUCUACAAGCAAGACAGAGGUGUCCUCUGUGUCUUAGUCAAUGUCCACAGAUCACUGGACACCCGUCGUCUCCACACAUUAUACUCAGGUUUAUAAAUCUCGACGUUUUGCCAAAUGGAAUUUGGAAUUUGGUGAAAAGACUCUUGACAGACUGAAGAAUUCAAGGAACUCAUUCCAUUCUAACAGCUCUUGUGUGAGGAAGAGAGAGAGAGAGAGAGAGAGAGAGAGAGUGAGUGAGUGAGUGCACCGCAGACAACACGGUUCUCAAAAUACGGCACCCUGCAAGAAAAGCUUGAAAACCUGCUGAAAUGUAAAAACACCUUCUGUCGCUAAAUAUGAUGAUCACGCAUUAUGUAUAAUACUGGUCUUACAUGAAUAAUUAUUUUUAUGUAUAUCAUGAAAAAAUGUAAAAAAAUAAACAUGUACAGUAUUGACUAGGUAAUAAAUGCAUCUACAAAAAGAACUACACGUGUGCAAUGUUUUCCUUUUGGGUUUGUUUUCAGCCUUAAUCAUUAUUAACCAAAAAUAUAUAGAUAUAUCCUUUUAUAAAUUGCAGAUUAAAAAUAUAUAUUUAUUUUUUUAAGAAACUGUAAUUUAUUAACCAAAGUAGUUAAAUCAACUGGACUGGUGAUCAGUUCAGUUUAGAACUGUACUGAUCGAGGAUCAUAAUGUAUUAAUUUUUUAUUUUUUUUAUUGGUUCAUUUGAAAAUGUCUCAUAAUUUAUUUUCUGACACUUGUUUUUAUUUUU